AUGGAGCUGCUCCGCUCACUUCUACCACUUGACUACCAGAAGGGGAAAGGGUUGGAAGAGGAGGUAGUGUGGAAAUUCUGUGAUGGACGGUCCCUGCGCCGCACUCGCGCACGCAGCCAGGCCUGCGGUGCAGCCCCGGGCUGCGGGUUACGACAGGGAGUGCGGCUUUGGCCCCCUCACCCGCUGCGCCCGGCCUCCCACCGCCCACCCUCGGUGCCGCAGUUCCUCCUGUCGGGCGGCCUGGUCCGGGCAGAGGAGGCCGUACGCCACUCCCUCACCCGCCCUCCGCGCAGCUCCAGCGGCCCGCGCUUACCACCACCCCCUACCCCCGCCCUGGGAAAGCGUUCAUUGCGACUGUUGGACUGGCCUUCUGGCGCCUACCCUGCCGGUUGGUCUCCCACACUGCGGAGCCCCGAUGGCAAAGCUCCGUCCCCCUCUUCUUCCUUCAGGAAGGCCGCCCGGGUAGGCUCGGAGCGGGUUAGUGGGCUGGUGGGAGCCCACCGGGCUUACCCGACCCCACCCUGCGCGCUGACCGGGUCACAGCCACGAGAUCCCGGAGCACUGGGAGGCUCACCCGUGCGCCCCGCCCAGGAGGACACCUCUCCGCCCCUUCGAAUUCCCCGCCCCCUGUCCCUGUCGGUCCCCACCCCGCCACCAGCUCUCAGGCACACACACGCAAACACUCUGACUGCCCUCAGUGUCAGUGGCCCGGCUCCCCUCCCGAGUCUGCUCCAGCUCCAGCUGUCGCGCGACCUCGGUACCUGUUGGUGA